AUGAAAGCGGUGUUGGACAAAGUGCUAUCGCAAGACAAAACAAUCUGGAAAGGAACGUCAUCAUACAUUAAUGAUAUUUUUGUGAAUGAAGACAUAAUACCUGUUCGUCGCAUUCUUGAUCAUUUGGAAACCUAUGGGCUUCAUUGCAAGCCUGUGGUCCGCGUAUCCGAUGGAGCAAGAGUUCUUGGUUUACAAGUUGGAAUGGAAAAUAAAAAGUUGUGUUGGAAAAGAGAUAAUGAUUUUGGUGAAAUUCCGAAAUCACUAACAAGACGUAACAUCUUUUCUUUGUACGGAAAAAUCACGGGAAAUCUUCCAGUUUGUGGUUGGUUGCGUGUAGCUUCAUCAUAUGUUAAAAGAAUAGCAAACGCCUUGACAAAAACGUGGGAUGAAAAAAUGAAAUGCAAUUAUUUGGAGAAAAUGCUGACUGAUAUGAUAAAAAGAACACGAAACAACGAUCCUGCUAAAGGAAUUUGGAGUGUUUACAGUAACGAGGCAACAAUUUGGGUAGAUGCUAGUUCAAUAGCACUAGUCGUGGUUGUCAAGUUUAAUGGCAAUAUAAUAGAAGACGCUUGUUGGUUAAGAAAAAACGACACAAUACAUAUAAACAUGUCUGAACUUGACACAGUAAUUAAAGGACUAAAUAAGGGCCUUAAUUGGAAAAUGGAGAUUCUACACAUCUGCACCGAUUCAAAAGCGGUAUUCCAUUGGGUUACCGACGCACUUACAGGAAAAUCUAGAUUGAGAACAAAAGCUUCAAAAGAAAUGCUGAUAAGAAGACUUCAUAACAUUGCGAAUAUAGUGGAUACCAACUCAAUAGUGAAUACCAACUCAAAGUAG